UCGCCCUCCCCACGCGCGCCCUCCCCCGUCACGUGACCGCGCUCCCAGACCCGUCACGUGACCGGGGAGCUCCCUCGCGCCACUCACGUGACCCGGGGCAGAGCGGGAGGAAAAUGGGGGUUCGGGGGCGCCGUUGGGCGUUGGCGCUCUGCGCGGUCGCCUGGAGCUGCGCUGCGGCACUGCUGCUGGAGGCGGAUCAGCCCUUCCGCGUUCCCGACGGAUGGAGCCACGCCGGGCGCGUCCCAGCGGAUCACAGCGUGGAGCUGACGCUGGCGCUGCGCCAACGCGGCAUCGCCCGACUCCACCGCCUCAUCCGCACCGUAUCCGACCCCGGAUCACCGCAGUACGGGCGGUUCCUGACUCUGGAGGAGUUGCGGCGCCUCAUCCAACCGUCCCCCGGCGCGGUGGCGGCCGUGGAGAAGUGGCUUCGGAGCAGCGGCGUCGAGGAGUGCCGCAGCGUCACCACCCGCGACUUCCUGCAGUGCCGCAUGGCCGCGAGCGUUGCCGAACGUCUCCUUCCGGGCGCGGAGUUCCACCGCUACGCGCAGGGCGGUCGCAGCGUUGUUCGCUCUCCGCGUCCCUACGGUGUUCCUGAGGACAUCGCUCCCCACAUCGACUUCGUGGGCGGCCUCCACCGCUUCCCGGCCGAGCGGAAGGUGGUGAGCAGAGCUUGGGCCAAGAAAGAGGCGGAAUGGGAGCGAUCCAAGGGCGCGCGGGCGGCGUUCCACCUCGGAGUGACGCCGUCCAUCCUCCGGAAGAGGUACAACAUGACGGCAGAGGACGUCGGACAGUUGGCCAACAACAGCCAGGCCUGCGCCCAGUUCCUGGAGCAGUAUUUCCACCAGGCCGACGUGGCCGAGUUCAUGGAGCUCUUCGGGAGCAGCUUCCGACAUCGCUCCAGCGUUGACCGAGUGGUGGGACCGCAGGGAAGAGGCAAAGCCGGGCUGGAAGCCAGCCUGGACGUGGAGUACAUCAUGAGCACCGGCGCCAACAUCUCCACGUGGGUCUUCAGCAACGCAGGGCGUCACGAGAGUCAGGAGCCGUUCCUGGAGUGGCUCCUGGUGCUGAGCAACACCUCGGCGGUGCCGUGGGUGCACUCCGUCAGCUACGGCGACGCCGAGGACAGCCUCUCGCGCGCCUACGUCGAGCGCCUCAACGUGGAGUUCAUGAAGGCGGCCGCGCGCGGACUCACCGUCCUCUUCGCCUCCGGUGACGAUGGCUCCGGUUGCCGACGGGAGCCCGGGGGCAAUCACACCUUCCGGCCCAGUUUUCCGGCCUCGAGUCCCUAUGUCACCACGGUUGGUGGAACAUCGUUCCGGAACCCUUUCCUGGUGACGGAGGAGGUGACGGAUUACAUCAGCGGUGGAGGCUUCAGCAAUGUCUUCUCCAUGCCCGACUACCAGGCGGCGGCGGUGCAGCAGUUCCUGCGUUCGGCUCCCGCUCUCCCUCCGGAGUCGUACUUCAACCGCGGUGGCCGCGCGUACCCGGAUUUGGCGGCGCUCUCCGACAACUACUGGGUGGUGUCCAACCGCGUCCCCCUGCCAUGGGUGUCGGGAACGUCGGCGUCGACGCCGGUGGUGGCGGGAAUGGUGGCGCUGAUCAACGACCGUCGGCUGCGGCGCGGCCUCGCGCCCCUCGGCUUCCUCAACCCCGCGCUGUACGGCCUCCGCCGCCGCGGCCACCGCGACGCCAUCUACGACGUGACGCGCGGCUGCCACGUGUCGUGCCUGGACGGGGCGGUGCAGGGCCGCGGGUUCUGCGCGGGCCCCGCCUGGGACCCCGUCACCGGGUGGGGGACCCCCAACUUCCCGCGGCUCCUGGAGGCGCUCGGGCCGCCCCCAGACGCCCCGCACAAAUAAACGCGAGU